CGCGCGAAACCCCAACGCUCAAAAUAGCAAGACAUCGCCCAAGAGGCAGAACCCGCUGUAUCGGAGAUCAUUCCUCGUCAUGCAGACUCCGCAACGCGCCCGCGGGGAGGGUGACGGAGGAGGCGGGACGCCCAUGACACCCACGCGCGACAACUCGACGCUUUUGCGCGAGCAGGAGGCUGAGCGAGAGCGUUUGCGCAUGGACAAUUUCAACCAGGCAUUACGCAUCAAUUUCCUAGAGGAGCGACUGCUGCGCAUGAAGCAGGGCACAGACUUCGCCAGCGAGGACCUCGAGAGCGAGCUUGCACAGCUGCGUAUCACGCUGGAGGAGCGUGACCACGAGCUGCGGCAGCGCAACUUCAGUAUGAUCCGCGCCACGGAGGCCAUCGAUAUGCUCAACGCACAGCUCCACGAGGCCCAAGCAGCGGCCGCUAGAGCCCGAGAGGAAGCACAAAAAGAAGCAGAGACCCUGCUGCAUCAGCAUCUCGAAGAAAGGGGCGGCGUAGACUCUGAAACAGCCGAGAGAUGGCGAGUGGAGCUCGAUACAGCGCUUCACAAGGAACAGCAGAGCCAACUGAAGAUCCAGGAGCUGGAACCAGAGUUGCAGAGACAACGAGAAGCCGUAGUGACGCUAACUGCUCAGUUACAGGAGCUACAGGACGCUAGAACGCGAGACCAGAGAGAAAUCGAGCUGCGUUCUCAGAGAGAACAGCAGAACUUGCAACAGGUCGAGAUGGCCAACGUGAAGCUCUCAGCUGAGGCAGAACACUGGAAGGUUGUGAGUAAGCAGCGCGAAGAGCAGCUUACAGCGCUGCAACUACAGGUAGAUACAAUGAGACAGGACAAACAAGCGCUGGAUGCUCGGUAUCAGGCCAAACUCAAGAGGAUGGAGGAGCAGGUUCAACAUCAGAUGGAGCAGCUGCAACGCGAGAGCGAAAACUACCGCGCAGAGCACACAAGACUACUGACGGAUCGUGAGAAGACCCACUUUGACAAGGAGCGUCUUGCAAUGGAGAACGAGAGCAUUAAACAAGAGCGUGUUAGACUACAGACUGAGAUUGAGGGUAUGACGGAGGAGAGACAGCAACUUGCUGGUGAUUUGGAGCGACUGCGUCUCCAGAAUGUGAAACUAUCUGCGGCCUGUGAAGAGCAGAGCAAGUCUCUCGACAGCUUUAGGAAUGAGCGCGAGGCUGCGCUGGACACGAUUCACCAGCUGGAGUCGGAGUUGCAUCAGCGACGCAAGAUGGAGAAUGAACAGGACCUAACGGUUAAGACGUUGGAAAGUCGGUUAGAACAUGCUGAGGCUGAGGCCCGCAGGAUGAAGGAACAGUGUGAUUUGGCCGAGUCUCGUUGCCAGCAGACGUCGAACGAACGGUUAUUGGCGUUGGAGAAGGACCGACAAGCUAUGGAAGAGGACAACCGCCGCCUUCGUGCCGAGUUGUCGGGCUUUCAGUUGGAUCUUGAGGCUAUGGAACGGAAGGUUCAGGACAGCGAGGAGAGGUUCUCUAACGAAGCUGCAAAUGCGCUGGAGCAGCGUCACCACCUGUCUGCGUACGAACAGGAACUGGAGAGACAAUCUGCUCAGCUGCAAGAGUAUCAAAAUCAACUGGCUGGAUGUGAAGACGAAUUGACUCGACGAUCAGCUUGUGUGCAGGAACUAGAGCAGCAGUUAGCAGACGCGGUAUCAGCCAGUUCAUCGACUACCUCUGCAGCUCGACAGCAGCAGAUGGAGUGGCAAAACCAGUUUGCUACGGAGAAGAGUGCGCUGCUACGACAGCUGGAUGAAGAGCGUCGACGUGCCGAUGAGGUCGAGCGAACGGUAUCUACGUUGAAAGUUGAGAGCUUGGCAGCUCAACGAGAGCUGGAAGCUGUGGAAACGGAACUUCGCUCGCUUUUAUCAAGUCGUAGCCGAGCAUUUAGCGAUGAUCGGCAAUCCGUGGUGAGUCUUGUGCGGGAGACCAUCUCAGCUCUGAAAGAUGAGUUCAAAGUGGAGGCUGCAGCGAUGCAAUCUCGCUGGAAACAGCAGCAGUCUAUGGUGAAUUCAAAGCUUGAGCGCGUGUCAUCCCAGCUACGCGCCAGUCAAGCCAAAGUGGACGUUCUGCAACGUUCUUCCUUUCAUGCGAAAGAUGCGAAGCAGUCUCUGGAGAAGACCUGGUCUCUUCGGUAUGAAGAACUGCGCUCGGAGAAGGAAGAUGAGCGACGAUCACUUGAAAAAGAGAUCCACUAUUUCCGAGCCAAAGCUGCAGAGGCAGAACAGGCGCUUACCCAGGCAUCAAGCGACCUUGAAACUUUGAAGCAAGCCCAAGAGGGCUUACGUGAAGCUUCUGAUCACGACUACCAUGAUCUUAAGGAGAGUAAUCGCCUGUUGUAUGAAGAAGUCCAGGAACGUCGACGGUCAGCUGAGCACGCUCGCAAGCAGUACAUGCAGACAGUCCGAGAGAACAAGGAGCUGCUGAAGGCCAUUGAGAUGUACAAAGAUGCCAUCGCUGGACGCGACAAGGACAUCGAGAAGUACAAAUCCGCUGUGAUGAAGCACACUCAGCAGCUGCAGCGACGUGUUGAGUUCGGCGAGGUGAAGCAGACGCUGCUGGAGCAACUGGAGCAGACCCAGUACAUGAUCACAGAGACGUAUAAGCGAUGGGAGGACAGUCCCAUCGUUCGUGGUCCUGUAGUCGGCAGGGAUGAGAGCUACGAGGCGGCAAUUCUGCAGCUGGACGAGUACAUUGGUCGGAUGCAGUUGGUGUCGCAGCGGUGGGGAGAGUUCAUGACCCAGUCUCAAGAACUACAGCGACGGUAUGGCGAUGCCUGGAAGUCUGCGUCUCGGGGAUUUGAUCAUACAAAGAGUCAACCUCGCUGGGUGGACGACGUCGAGCGGAAGUGUUCUCGUCUUCUUACUGAAGCUGUGCGCGUCUCGGAGGCCAUUCGUGAUGUGGUCAACAACAUCGCCGGUGUCCUGCAGAAGGAACGCGACGACAAGAAGCGUAUCGAGAAGGAACGCAUCGUUGCUGGGGACAACAACGCCUCGGUGAAGCGACGAGAAGGUAGGACUACCAAGUGGUCUUCCCUUGACGCUGAUGUCUUCGACGAGCACCGACGUCGCAGUGCCAGCCAGCCGCAGUGCGAGAGUCCAGUCAAGCAGAACGGGUUCGACCACAACUCGAAGACUUCGACUGCUCGUCGUAGUGUGAAUGACUUGUAUCGCAACUCUCUGUCAUCCUUAGGACGUGUGGGCAUGAAGGUGCAAGACUUGGAGAAGGAGAUCCGGAAUGUCCGCGAUUAAGCGUGUCUAAAUAUCCGUCAUGCUGAACCUAGUUCCUGUCCAGGAUACGGGUCAGUAAUAUAGUAUAGUGCCGCUCGUACUCGACGAACAGAUAUGUACUCACUAGCCAACCAUAUUAUUCAACAAAGCGGACCCCGUCAGCAUCAUUUUACCGCAGC